CCAUUCAAACACCUGAUUCCAUCCUGCCUUGCCUUACGCUUUCGGCAUACCGACGGCCAUGCUUCCGCGACGCAGAAAGGAAAGCAUCGUACAAGUCCCUUGUCAAACCAGGUACCCUCUGCCGAACCUUGUCCAUCCAUGGCCGUACACUACGUGCCAUUGUUGCCAGACCCUUCUGGGCCACCGAGCCUCUCCCGUUGAACCAUAACCCGUUGGUUGCAAAUAUCGAUAAACAUUUCAAACCUCUCAAUGAUCUGGUCCUUUUCCACCAACUUCUUCUUCAACUCGUCCACCUCUUUCUGUUUGUCCUCCUUGUACUUGUCAAAAUCCUCGCGUGCCUUGGCGAGUUCUUUUCUAAGAUCUGCCCGAAUC